ACCCCCGAGGUCACCCCCGCCCCGCCGGCCCCGCAGGUGACCGGGGACGUGACCCCCACCCACCGCCACCAGCCGCCUCACCAUGGUGCUCCUGGCGGCUGCGGUCUGCACAAAGGCCGGCAAGGCCAUCGUCUCGCGGCAGUUUGUGGAGAUGACCCGGACCCGGAUCGAGGGGCUGCUGGCUGCUUUUCCGAAGCUGAUGAACACUGGAAAGCAGCACACGUUCGUGGAGACGGAGAGCGUGCGAUACGUAUACCAGCCCAUGGAGAAACUGUACAUGGUCCUGAUCACCACCAAGAACAGUAACAUCCUGGAAGACCUGGAGACCCUCCGGCUCUUCUCCAGAGUGAUCCCGGAGUACUGCCGGGCCCUGGAGGAGAAUGAGAUCUCCGAACACUGCUUCGACCUGAUCUUUGCCUUUGACGAGAUCGUGGCCCUGGGCUACCGGGAAAACGUCAACCUGGCGCAGAUCCGCACAUUCACCGAGAUGGACAGUCACGAGGAGAAGGUGUUCCGGGCAGUCCGAGAGACUCAAGAACGAGAGGCCAAGGCCGAGAUGCGGCGCAAGGCCAAGGAGUUGCAGCAGGCCCGGAGAGAUGCCGAGAGACAGGGCAAGAAAGCCCCAGGCUUUGGGGGAUUCGGAAGCUCGGCCGUCUCCGGCGGGAGCACAGCAGCCCUCAUCACGGAGACCAUCAUCGAGACGGAAAAGCCCAAGGUGGCUCCUGCACCAUCCAGGCCUUCAGGCCCCAGUAAGGCCCUGAAGCUCGGCGCCAAAGGGAAAGAAGUGGACAACUUUGUGGACAAGCUGAAAUCUGAAGGCGAAACCGUCAUGUCGUCAGCAGUAGGCAAGCGGGUGUCCGAAGCAGCCAGAGUUUUAGCUCCUCCUAUUAACACGGAGAGCGUGCACAUGAAGAUCGAGGAGAAGAUCACGCUGACCUGUGGACGGGACGGGGGGCUGCAGACCAUGGAGCUGCACGGCAUGAUCAUGCUGAGGAUCUCCGACGAGAAGUUCGGCCGCAUCCGCCUGCACGUCGAGAACGAAGACAAGAAGGGAGUGCAACUCCAGACCCACCCGAAUGUCGACAAGAAACUUUUCACCGCUGAUUCUCUAAUUGGCCUGAAGAACCCCGAGAAGUCGUUCCCGGUGAAUAGUGACGUCGGGGUGCUGAAGUGGCGGCUACAGACCACGGAGGAGUCUUUCAUUCCCCUGACCAUUAACUGCUGGCCGUCGGAGAGUGGAAACGGUUGUGACGUCAACAUAGAGUAUGAGCUGCAGGAGGAGAGCCUGGAGCUGAACGACGUGGUCAUCACCAUCCCACUCCCAUCGGGCGUGGGCGCCCCUGUGAUCGGCGAGAUCGACGGCGAGUACCGCCACGACAGCCGGCGAAAUACUCUGGAGUGGUGCCUGCCGGUGAUAGAUGCCAAAAACAAGAGCGGCAGCCUGGAGUUCAGCAUCGCCGGUCAGCCCAACGAUUUCUUCCCGGUGCAAGUCACCUUCGUCUCCAAAAAGAACUAUUGCAACAUACAGGUUACCAAAGUGACCCAGGUGGAGGGGAACAGCCCGGUGAGGUUUUCCACAGAGACCACUUUCCUCGUGGAGAAGUACGAAAUCCUGUAAGGCUGGAAGAGGGGACCCAGGUGGAGAUUUUGCAAUGAAUGAAAGAGAAGCCCAUCAGGACCGAAGAUUUCUCCCAAAUCUCCAGGCCACCCAAGACCUUUUUUUUCUGACGAUGCUGUAUGCUCAAGGACCCCACCCUUCACCCCUGUGGUCCAGGGUCCCGACGCCUCAUUCUUUGGCAAAGAAUUGACAAACGGUGAAGGGAAGGGCAGCUCCCUUCUUUGGCAGAUCCUCUCAGUGGCAGAGAGGCCCCCGGUUUCCCUCCCGCCCCCGCCCCGACUUCACCCCAGCCACCAUCGCACCUCCUUGUUCCCUCCUGAUUUUAAAACAGUUUGCUCCGCUGAAGGUGGCUUCGGUUUCGGUUGGGUUUCCCCUUGCCUCUCCGGUCUUCAGCUUCGCCAACUUGGACGGGCGACAGGAGCCCCUCCGGCAUAGGCAUUUAGUUUGGCACUCCCGGACCCACCCCGAGAAGCAGAUCACACCGGGGAUCUGGCCUUGAUUUUAAAGGAAUAUGAAUGGGGUGUGGGAGCUAGGGCUCUUUUUUUUAAGAGGGGAGGGUGUCUGGGAUCCCCAUCUCCUCCCCCUUUCCCCACCCCAUCCUUGCCCACCCCCCCUUGUCCCUCAGUCUGUCCCCUAGAGUGGCUCCUUGGCCCAGAAUGACGGGCACUUGGGGACCAGCUCCAGGUGCAACAGGAUAACGAUUGUGUGACGGUUGGGGCCAGUCCACCAGCAUAAUCAUGUCCACCUACCCUCCUGCACCUGCCCUCAACUAAAAUCCGAUCAAUCCAGGUUCCUAAUUACUCCUUCCUGUCGGCCCUGGAUAUCCCGCACCCUUCCCAGCGGCUUCCUGCCGGGCAGGGAAGGUGGCCCCGGGUAGGUGGGCCCUUGACCCAUGUACCAAGAAGGAGGCCGCCUAGUCACCUCUGAGAUCCAGGGCCCAACCAGGCCAGGGAAGAGUUUUAGAGUUGGCCCCAAAGGGACAGGUACCAGGGACCCUGUCUGGUCUGGGUUAAGACCUGAGCUGCCUCAUCUCUCCAGUCCCCCACACUCUCCCCCAGUCCCCAGCCCUGAUUGCCCAUCACACCACCACACCUGAGAGGAGACCCCAGCUGGCCCAAUGUCUACUCUGUGACCUUUGAACUUUUCCAGGGCUGGCAGUGGGCAUCCUCUUCUCAGCUGGCAUCAUCCCAGGUGGCAGCUGAAGGGAAAAGUGAUUCCCGUGGCUGCUGUCAACAAGGAAACAGCCCUUUCUGUACACCAAGGGCAAUGGGAGCGGCUGCCAAGAAAGUGACUGGCUUUUUCCUUUUUUCACAGAGACCUUGUGGCAUCAUUCCCUCAGGCCUGGUUCCCCCAGGAGGGCCUGUAUGGGAGGAGAGUGGGGACAGACCCCUCGUCAUGUAGUUAUAUAGGCAAGAAAACCUAUUAAUCCAGUUUUGUUCGAGAAAUGCUUGUCCAUACGAUUUUUUAAUGGAGUCAGGUUUAGUUCCAAACAUCAACAGGAGCCCUUUUUUUUUUCCUGAAAUUACUUCUGGGGUAAUAUUUAAAAUGAGAGAAGUUUUGUAACCCUGUAAAUUAAUUACAUAGGGAAUAUGACAUUCCAGUGUACACACAGAAUACGAAUUCUUUAAUCAAAUAAAAGAGUAUUGUAAAAUUGA